CUCGCUUUUCAUCAAACGAUUCGUUCAUUUAAAAGAAAAAAAAAGAGUCGGUUCCUUUUCGAAUCGUCCAUCUCAGUGUGGAGAGUGCGGAGAAUGGGCUGAGGGAACGACGAGGGAGGGAGGAGGAACCGAAAGAGGAAAAAAAAAAAAGUUCAACUAAAAAAUGGCUUCCUUGUCUUUGGAGUCUCCAGAACAAACGGAGAAUGGAAGCGCCGAGGAGUCCGGGCACUCAGAAGCCCGGGUUAAAGAGGAGACGGACUCGGAGGAAGUUUCCGAGCGACUGUUUGAGACCUUCCCGAAGUCCGCGCUCGGCUUUUCCAGUGAGCAGGUCGCCUGCGUGUGCGAGGCUCUCCUGCAGGCGGGCAACGUGGAUCGCCUGUGGAGCUUCCUGGCCACCAUCCCUCCUUCGUCCGACGUGCUACGUGGCAACGAGACCCUGCUGAAGGCCCAGGCCCUGGUCGCGUUCCACCGCGAGGACUUCACGGAGUUGUACGCCAUUUUAGAGAGCCGCGACUUCCACCCGAGCAACCACGGGUUCCUGCAGGACCUCUACCUGAGAGCGCGCUACAAGGAGGCGGAGAGGUCGCGGGGUCGCAGCCUGGGCGCCGUGGACAAGUACCGGCUGCGCAAGAAGUUCCCCCUUCCGAAGACCAUAUGGGACGGAGAAGAGACGGUGUAUUGUUUCAAGGAAAAGUCGCGCAACGCCCUCAAGGAGUGUUACAAAGUCAACCGGUACCCAACUCCGGACGAGAAGAAAAACCUGGCCAAACUUACUGGACUUUCUCUGACCCAAGUGAGCAACUGGUUCAAGAACCGGCGGCAGAGAGACCGAACGCCAUCCGGUACCAACAGCAAAAGUGAAUCUGAUGGAAACCACAGCACAGAGGACGAGGCUAGCAAGGCUGACCUGGAGGACAGUAUUGACAAACCCGCUGCUGCUCAAGAGGUCGGAGGCUCAACCGCUUCUAUCAUUUCGAUCGCUGGUGCCCCCUGUAGUACAGGAGGUCAACUCAUUCUUAACAACACUGGGGGAUUCCUUACCAGUCCUCAUUCACUGUUGCUUAAUGGGAGCUCAUUAAUAUCCGGGACUGGAACUGGUGUCAUCAUUAACGGACUGACUUUGAGCGAUGGUCACGCAGUUACCCUCAGUCCUGUAACUACCAACACUCCUCUUUUACUUAAUGGGGCACAGGUUAUAUCUAAGGGCAGUGGGAACAGUAGCAGCCCUGAGGAAAACUGCAUUACUAAAAUGGAAACGCAAGCCAACCUCACUAACGCAGUCCCUGUCUCGUUGACAGACGGCACAAAAGUGACCAACCAUAAUGUCUCUCCAUUGGACUUCAUUACUGUUCCAGAGGUUAUGAAAACUCAAGAUAGCACCCAAAUGGUGCACCCAACCUCCAUAUCCACAUCCACAGUCUCUUCCACAGUGGUUACUCACACUUCUCUUCCUACAUUAGCAUUAACUCAAAAUGGCGUCCUUUCUUCUGCAGUUCCUCCAUCUGGUACAGUUAUUUCCAACCCAGUAAUGACACAACAAUCCACCCAGCAGCCUGAGCUUGUGGUGGUAGCUACAGCUGGUUCCCAAAUACACCCUUCUUCCUCUCUUAAACAAACGGGACCUUGUUCCACUGUCUCUGGCUCUCAGGUUCUCUCAUUGCCCCAGGUGGUACCAUCCAUACAGGGUAUUCCAGUAUCUCAAUUAGUGCAACACCCAGCAGGGACUCCGGUGUCUUGCCCUCAGUUGGUUCCCGUGUCCCCUAUUACCACUCAACUACCCCAGAGUUCUACCCCUCAUUUUCCCACUCCUAAUCUGCAAAUUGGGUCCAGGCCUAGUCACAUUCAACUUCAGAACGGAUCCCCUGCAUUUGGGGAGAACACUACUGUGUCUGUUUCCCGGGUGCCUAAUGAACAAGGUCCACAAGGGCUGACAAUUCAGUUAACAGACCAGUCCAAUUUAUCUACCACCUCACAGAUACAGACUCCGCUGGGUACACAAGGCAUUCCCAUCUCUUCACCAACACAAGUAGUUCCUGUUUCACAGUCCAAGGACACGGGGCAGCCCCAGCUCAUUCCUUUGCCUCAACUCAUGCCUGUAUCCCCCAUUGCUGGGGCACCUACAGGCGCCAUAUCCUUCCCUCAGGUUGUCCCAGCAGCACCCUCCUUCUCCAUUCCAACUCCGGGAGGUGCUUUCCAAAUCUUAGCAUCUGGCUCCGGAGGAGGAGUUGCAUUGCCGCAGGGGGCUAUACGUUUGAGUCCAAUAGGAGCUCCUCAGUGUGCGCCUGCAACUGGUCCGAUUCCAGGUGUCCAGCUUCUCAAUUCAGGAGUGAUUCAGCUUCCCUCUGCUUCUCCAGGUAACUUCGUCUUGGCAGGUGGCAGUCCAUUCCUGAGCGUUCAGAACGGCAAACUCAUCCUCACCAUCCCAGCUGGUUUUCAGUUUACCAGCAUGCCUGUCAAAUCGGUUCCAGAAAAUCCUGGCCCAAGUGUCAGCAGCAGUGGACUAGAACAAACCUUAACAGGAACUUCACUACAAAACAAACCAGUCUCCUUAUCCUCUGGGCUGACCUCUACUCCCUUUCACUCGUCUCCUUUAAUUGGCUCAGCUGCACUUUACUGUAAUCCUGAGCCCGGAGCCCUGGCUAACCCUACACCAGGGGCCUCUCCAAACACCUCAGACUCUCCAACGGCAACCCCGACCAGUGUGCUGCCAUCCCAACAGACCCUCAGCCCUGAGAGCAUGCUGUCAUUCAGUCCACUCAGCAGUGGAAUAGGCAGUGCUCAUCAUCUAAUUCAACCUGCUUGGAGUCCCAUGCCCCUGUCAUCAUCUUCUGGACUCACACUGUUUGAUGUACGUGGAAAAGGGGACCUCCCUGAGGACCCAGCUUUAUUGGGAUUACCAGGUGGGGAGUCCCUGCUAUUGGGUACGCCUCCUCCAGGUGACGAUGUACAUAGGGAAUCUCAUCUUGAUGAUGUGGAGAUGGAUGGAGACUCAAAGAUUCUUACCCAACUGCAGUCCGUCCCUGUAGAUGAUGAUUUGGGUUUGUAAUUGUUUUUCUUUCGGGCUGCCUUUAGGAGCCCUCGGACAAUCUUGACACUCGGUCCACAGCACUCCAUAUUUUGUAUGAGUCGAUGUAUGGCAUUAGAAAUAGGAAUCAUGGUAGACUCUGAUAAACGAUGCCUGGUUUGUUCAUUUUAUAGAAUCAUGUAUAAAAAGAAAACAGGAUGCCUCACUUGCAAACUUUGUAGAUUUUGUUGCAUCUAACGCCAUAUCCCCUUUGGGAUCCACAGUCAACAGUGUGUAGGUUUCACGUGAAUGGAUUAAUGGCAUUUACAGAGAUACAUGGAGAAUUAGCUGUUGGGUAUCUCCUCAUUAGCAGGACUAUUUUUCUGACAAUAUAAAUCAUGCAUUAUUGCUUGAAUUUACUAUAAAAUCAUUUUUUUUAAAUAAUGUAAGAUACUUCACAGUUGUUGUUGGUAAUGAAUCAAACACUCAGAUCACCUCAGUUCAGCUCGUUUAGAGAAGGCACUGCUGAGGGGUUUAUUUGAAAGCAAAAAAACAAAGAGGGAGACUAGCUGCUAGAAUUUGAACACAAACCAAUAUAACAAGCAGCUGAAAUGGAAGAGUAUGUAGUCAUGUUUUCAGCUAAACUAACCUUGUUUGUUGGAUUUUACAGCACGUUUUAAUGGCCGUUUUAAAAUACUGGGAAUAAGUCGUUUCCUUAGUCACUCCUGGGGUCUGUCUCAUAAAGCAGGAUUUUGUUGGUUAGCUAGCCUGGAUUUGUUUAGCUUUAUUUCCUGACUGUG